CGAGUCUAUCACAGCUUUCGUGCAAAUUAGCAGCACCACAACGCCCAAGAACGUCCGUUCAGCACGCGCAACGCCAAAGGCGGACGAGCAAGCGAGACCCCUCUCGAGUAGAGCUAAUCGAUCACCAUUGAGAUUCUUCAUACCAUCAUGUGUUUCUACGACAACUUCAAAUACGCUUGCCAGGACUGGAAGUGGGGAAACUUCCGGGAACAGUGCACGAAGGAGUACCGCACGGGCGAGACAUGCGGCAUGAAGAUGGUCUACAACACCAUCCUGCUCGACGGCAUAUGCCCCUGGUGCGAGAAGAUUGAGAAGAAGUUGCGCCGCCGCGAAAAGGCACAGAACGACAUCGCACGGUGGAGCGCGGAGCCCAAUCGCUUGAAAGCGUCGAUCGAAAAGGCGUACAACGAGAUCGCCGAGCUCAAUCGGGAAAUCCAGAACCUGCAGCUGGAGAAGGAGCGGAGGUAUCAGAACAUCGGUAAUCCCCGACGGACGUGAACCUUGCCGUACGGGAAGGAUGCCACGAAUGUGUGCAGAUGAGCUGAUGGUGGCCAUGAUUGAUGAAGGAACUUCGGACUUUGAAACCAGACACGGGACAGUGGGGGCCGCUUUUAAAGCAAUGAGCAAUGAGAAUAAGAAUGGAUUGAGUUUAGCGGUAAA